AUGGUGAUGACGGUGAAGCUGACAGAGGCCUGCUUUUAUAUAAUUGUAUUGGCCUUUGUUUCACGUGUUUGCGCGGCUCUAGAAUACAGACAUCAUCAUGGGGCAGCGAAAAAGAGGGGCAUCAUCACAAAGUCAACUCUCCACUGCACAGCUACCCAUGCCUACAGCCAGAGAAAGGGCAUCAGGCAUCUGACAAACGGUCUUAAGGUGUACUAUCUCCCCCUGCAAGUCAUGUACAACCAGUCCACAGCCACCACCUGCUACCACAGCCUGCCACUGCUGCGCUGUGUCUUUGUCCGUGAGCGCAUCACCAUUGUGCACUCUCACAGCUCCUUCUCUGCCAUGGCCCAUGAUGCUCUUUUCCAUGCCAAAACCAUGGGCCUCAAUACUGUGUUCACGGACCACUCGCUCUUUGGGUUUGCUGACGUCAGUUCUGUGCUGACCAACAAACUUCUGACCAUUUCGCUCUGUGACACAAACCACAUCAUCUGCGUCUCAUACACCAGCAAGGAGAACACUGUGCUGCGUGCUGCUCUCAACCCAGAAAUAGUCUCUGUCAUUCCCAACGCUGUGGACUCCACAGACUUUAUCCCUGACCCCUCUCAGCAGCCAGAGGAUAAAAUUACUAUUGUGGUCAUAAGCCGACUUGUUUAUCGCAAAGGUAUUGAUCUUCUUGGUGGAAUAAUCCCAGAGAUUUGUCUUAAGUAUCCAGAUUUACAGUUCUUAAUUGGAGGAGCAGGACCAAAACAAAUUGUUUUGGAAGAAGUAAGAGAGAAAUAUCAACUUCAUGACAGGGUGCGUUUGUUGGGAGCACUAGAGCAUAAAGAUGUGCGACAAGUUCUGGUACAAGGCCAUAUUUUCCUGAACACAUCUUUAACUGAAGCCUUCUGUAUGGCCAUCUUGGAAGGAGCCAGCUGUGGACUGCAGGUGGUGAGCACUCGUGUUGGAGGCAUUCCUGAGGUGUUACCUGAGGACCUCAUCACCCUGUGUGAGCCCACCGUGCGCUCGCUGUGCGCUGGUUUGGAGUCAGUCAUCGCACGGCAGCGAGCUGGAACUGUGCCUUCACCCGCCUCUAUUCACACACGGGUCCGUAACCUCUACACCUGGAGGAAUGUUGCAGAGAGGACAGAAAAGGUGUAUGACAGAGUGGCAGGAGAGGAGGUUCUUCCUCUGGACAGACGGAUCCUCCGGCUCAGGACUCACUGCGGCCCUGUGGCGGGAACUAUCUUUGCUUUCGCGGCUCUGUUGAACUUUCUCUUUCUGCUCCUCCUUCAGUGGUUGGUGCCAGACCGAGUCAUGGAUGUUGCUGUGGAUGCUACUGACUCGUGGGCAGACAGAUCCCCUUUGCACGAGGCUGCAUAUCAAGGCAGACUGCUGCACCUCAGGGACCUCAUUGUUCAGGGUUUCUAUGUGGAUACACUGACAAUGAACAGAGUCUCUCCUCUCCAUGAGGCUUGCCUGGGUGGACAUUAUGCUUGUGCAAAGUUUCUACUGGACAGAGGAGCAAAUGUAAACUUAAUAUCAACGGAUGGUGCUACUCCUCUCUUUAACGCCUGCAGCAGUGGUAAUGCUGCUUGUGUGAGGUUAAUUCUUCAGUGUGCUGCCUUCAUUCACAACUCAUACCAGCUGGUGUCACCGAUACAUGAAGCUGCUAAGCAAGGUCAUACGGAGUGUCUGGAACUGCUUCUGUCCCAUGGGGCUCACAUUGAUUUAGAGUUGCCAGUGAGGGGGACUCCACUGUACUCGGCCUGUUUGACCCGGGCCACAGCUUGUGUCAGGACGCUGUUGUUCUUUGGGGCUGACGUGGGACUCGGCUGUGGGCAGGACAGUCCAUUACAUGCAGCCGUACGCGGAGGAGACACUGACAUUGUUGACCUGCUCCUGGACUUCGGGGCUGUCGGGAGCUGGAGGAAUGCAGAUGGGAAGACGCCUCUGAGCAUCGCAGAGCCCAACAGUUCAGUGAGAAGUAAACUGCUGACCAAAGGCCCCUGCUCCCUGUCUCAGCUCUGCCGCUUAUCAGUGCGUCGCAGUCUGGGCAGGAGUCGUCUGCACGCUGUGUCCAGUCUGAUUCUUCCACGCAGGAUCCAGGCCUUUCUGCUUUAUCACUGA